AUGGAAAGUGAGCUCAAGGCAUUGUGGGUGCUGUCUGUGGUGUUGCUAGUGUCAAACUGGCAACACUGGACUGAUGGAACGUCCACGCCUCAAGUUCCUUGCUUUUUUGUCUUUGGGGACUCCUUGUUUGAUAAUGGAAACAAUAACUACCUUAACACACCAGCUAAAGUUAACUAUCUACCUUAUGGUACAGAUUUUCCUACUGGUGCUACGGGAAGGUGUAGCAAUGGUCUCAACAUAGCCGAUACCAUUGGUCUGCGGUUUGCUCUCCUCUCUUAUAAGACAACAUAA